CGGCUAACCUUGUAACUCAAGCUCUUCGAUUCCACUUCAAAACAACUAACUGCCUUCAUCUCCAAUGCUCGCCCGCGCAUCACACCCCUUGCGUGCACAAGCCGCGCGUAUUCGCGUCGCCUCUCCUGCACGUUUCGUGCAUGGCCACGGGGAAUACCAUCACUUGCCAUUCCAGUUCCCGGGAAAGAAACGAUUAGCGUUCGGCAUCAAGCUCACUGCUUUCCUGACAGUAGGAUUCAGUAUUCCCUUUGUAGCUGCAAAAUUUCAAUUGAAUAAGUCUGCUGCAACAUAGACCCGCGUACUAUGUAGCGCAUUCGACAUACAACACAACCCUUGCGUCUUG